AUGGGACCGCUCCUCGUCCUCGCGGCCACCCUGGCGGUGCUGCUGCCCAUCCUCUACAUGUACACGGUCAGCGUCGUCGCGACGCGCUUCCCCGCCCUGCGCAACAAGCGCAUCUGCCUGCUCAUCGCCCACCCGGACGACGAGGCCAUGUUCUUUGCGCCCACCGUCCUGGCCCUCACGCGGCCCGAGACGGGCAACCACGUCAAGAUUCUGUGUCUCAGCACGGGCAACGCGGACGGCCUCGGCGAGACGAGACGCAAGGAGCUCGUCAAGAGCGGCAUGCAGCUGGGCCUGCGCGACGAGGACGACGUCUUUGUCGUGGACAAUCCAACCGACUUCCCCGACUCGAUGACGACGACGUGGGACGCGGACACAAUCUCCAACCUCCUGUGCAGCGCCUUUGCGCCGCAGCUGGCCCGCCAGCGCGCCGACGACGCGGCCAAGCCGACGGCCAACAUCGACGUGCUCGUCACCUUUGACGCGGGCGGCGUGUCGUCGCACCCGAACCACAUCUCGCUGUACCACGGCGCGCGGGCCUUCGCGGCGGCCCUCGUGCGCGGCAAGGCGGGCUGGGCCGCGCCCGUCGACGUCUACACGCUGACGACGGUGGGCGUCGCCCGCAAGUACAGCUCCUUCCUCGACGCCUUCGCCACCAUGGUCGCGUGGGCGCUCGGCCUGCGCCACCAAAAGGACCGCGCGCACCCGGCCGGCCUCGUCUUCAUGAACCAGCUCGUCGGCGCGGGGGGGUUCUCCACCGCCUGCGGCGCCAUGACGGGCGCGCACAAGAGCCAGAUGGUGUGGUUCCGCUGGCUGUACAUUGCCUUUAGCAGGUACAUGGUCAUCAACGACCUGCGGCUGGAAAAGGUCAAGGCGAAAUGA